UUUUACAAAUACUUGAUAAUAAUAUAAUUGCAUGCCAAAUUACCAACCCGAGUGGAUAAUUUUUAGCCUGUUUAUAGACUCAACACGACUAUAUAUAUUACUGCCAAAUCCGUUUACCUUCAUCUACUUCACUUUGCAUUUUAUAUCCUUGUCUAAGUUAGGUUGUGCCUCCGACAACAUGCAAUCUCUCUACCUCCCUUCAUUGCCUACCUCUGAACGACCUUUUCUCAUUAUAUCUACUAUCCCAAUUUCCAGUCUUCUGCUUCCGCUUCUGCUUUUGCUUUUGCUUCUGCUUCUUGUCUUUGUCUUGAAACAAUGGUGUCGUCGAACAGAUAAGCGGCGCCUGCCCCCGGGAUCCAUGGGAUGGCCUUACAUAGGCGAAACUCUCAAACUCUACACUGAAGAUCCUAAAACCUUCUUCUCCACUAGGAGGAAACGGUAUGGGGACGUAUUCAAGAGCCACAUAUUGGGAUGUCCUUGUGUGAUGAUUUCGAGCCCCGAAGCUGCGAAAAAUGUUCUGGUUAACCAAGCUCAUCUGUUCAAGCCUACAUAUCCACCAAGUAAAGAGAAGAUGAUAGGACCUCAAGCCCUAUUCUUUCAUCAAGGGAAUUAUCAUUUAAAACUCAAGAAGUUGAUUCAGGCUUCUUUUGCUCCCUCUGUUGUUAAAGGAUCAGUCUCAGCAAUCGAAGAAAUUGUUCUCAACUUUCUCCCAACUUGGGAAAAUCAUACCCUUAUUUGCACUUUAAAAGAGAUGAAGAAGUAUGCUUUUGAAGUGGCGAUUAUUUCAGCGUUCGGAAAAAACCAGGAACUAGAAAUGGAAGGAAUCAAACAUUUUUAUCAAAUCUUGGAGAAAGGUUACAAUUCAAUGCCUAUGGAUUUUCCAGGAACUCUAUUCAACAAAGCAAUGAAGGCAAGGAAGCAAUUGAACGAGGCCUUGACGAGAUUGAUCAAGAAAAGAAAAGGAAAUAAGAAAUUAUAUAAUGAAGGGGGGCUGCUGGGGAUUUUAAUGAGAGCUCAAGAGCAAAAGCUGAAUAGUUUAAGUGAUUCUCAAAUUUCUGAUAAUAUAAUUGGCGUUAUAUUUGCUGCUCAUGAUACUACUGCAACAGCCCUAACCUGGCUGCUCAAGUACUUGCUCGAUAAUCCUCACAUUUUACAAGCUGUCACGAUGGAGCAAGAAGGAAUUCAAUGCAAAUUAGUAGAAGAAAAUCGAGGGCUCACAUGGGAUGAUACGAGGCGAAUGUUUCUGACUAGCAGGGUUAUCCAAGAAACAUUAAGAACAGCGAGCAUUUUGUCGUUUACAUUCAGAGAAGCAGUUGAAGAUGUUGAAUUUGAAGGUUAUAUAAUCCCUAAAGGUUGGAAGGUUCUUCCUCUAUUCAGAACCAUUCAUCAUUCAGCAGAUUUCUUCCCUCAACCCGAAAAGUUCGACCCUUCAAGAUUCGAGGUGCCAACAAGACCUCACACUUACAUGCCAUUUGGUAAUGGACUGCAUUCUUGUCCAGGCAAUGAGCUUGCUAAACUUGAGAUGCUCAUUUUCCUUCACCACUUCACUACAACUUAUAGAUGGAAAGUCAUCGGAGAAGAGGACGGUAUCGAAUACGGCCCGUUUCCCGUGCCCAAAAGAGGAUUGCCAAUUGAAGUUAGAAGAAAGAAAUAUAGAGUUUAAUUUAAUUUUCUUUGUAAAAAAUCUCAAGCUUGUCAGUGGGGACAAAAGUGUUCCCAAUUCAUUUCUUUUUCCUUCUAUUAUUAUUUUCUUUUCUUCUUAAAUUUACAGAAAAGCCCUUAAUUUUAAUUUUUUUUUUUUAAUUUUUUUGAAAAAUAGGUAGCCUUUCAAUUUCUUGUACGGAUGUAUUCUUGUUGUAAAAUAAUGUCACAAGUACAUAUAUGAAUAUAAAUUUGUUCAUAUUUCAUAUAAA